GGAAUUGUCGGUGCUGGAUAAUUACAAAACCCCUGGUGAAAAAAUGAAUUGUUUGUGUACCACGUACGACUUGGUUUUUGCUGAAAUUAAAACGGCGAUGGUAGCGGUGAUUUCGCAGAAUUCUGAAAAAGAGAAUGAAAUUCCUGUGAUUGACAACAGAGACAUUUUGCCGGUAUUGAUGGUCGUUAUAAUCAAAUCUAAGUUGUCGCACGUUUUUAGUAAUUUAUUUUACGUUAAAUCGUUUUAUCAUACAAUGGACGAUAAUCGUGUAAUCAGCGACAUUUUUCGUUCGUUUGAGAAGGCGGUGCACGAAGUGGCUAAAACAGACACGCGAGACGUGCAACCAGGGGCUGCUAAAAUGAUACAAAGCAUAGAUCUGGAGGAAUACAUGAAGAUAACUCUGUCUGACGAAGAUCAAUCACGAAGAACUCUAGUGGAUGAAGCCAACCACCGCGCGUUGAAUUUAAUAACAAAAUCUACCGUUGAUCACGACUUUGUUUAA